AUCUCGUUCCUACGCAGAUGCCUGAGCCCUGCCUUCUUCCUCGUGUUGUGUGUGUUUGGAAGCAUGGCGUCUUUGGCAAAAAAACGAGCAUUGGGAACGGGAGAGGAGCCGGAGGAAGACCAGGAGGAAAGCUCGGAUGAGGGGAUCGAAGGUGACUCCGGAGACGACGACAGUGACGGUUCUGAUGAAGAAAUAAACGAGGAGGUAACUGUCGACUUUGAAGCACAUACAAUAUCCGACAGCGAUUGUAACGGGAUCAAAAAGCUUUUGAAACAGCUGUUUUUGAAAGCCAAUAUAAACCUGUCUCAACUGACUGAUCUGAUAAUCCAGCAGAAACACAUUGGAAGUGUUAUCAGACAAGCUGAUGUUCCAGAGGACAGUGAUAAUGAUGAUGAUAUAGAUGAAGUCUUUGGAUUCAUCAGUCUUUUAAAUCUGACUGAAAGAAAGGGCUCAGAGUGUGUUGAGCAGAUUAAGGAGCUUGUGCUUGAUCACUGUGAGAAGUGCUGUCCCCCGAGCGUCGCUGAGCAGCUAAAUAAAAUCCUGAACGACACCACAAAGCCUGUGGGCCUCCUGUUGAGCGAGAGAUUCAUCAAUGUGCCACCGCAAAUUGCGCUGCCCUUGCACAAACAGCUACAGGAGGAAAUAGCAGAAGCCCAGCGAACCAAUAAACCCACUGGGAAGUGCCAUUUUUACAUCAUGAUAAGCAAAACCUUCAAAGAGGCAGGAAAAAAUAACAGCACACUAAGAGGAGGUGCACCAAAGAAAGAAGAACUGCAAUUUACGAAUGCUGAGGAGGAAUUCUUUCACGAGCAUGCAGCUGUAAAGUUCAACUACUCUGUCCAAGAGGAAAGCGACUCUUGUCUUGCUGGCCGAUGGUCUUUCGAUGAUGUUCCAAUGAAACCUUUCCGUACUGUAAUGUUAAUCCCAGCCAAGAGUAUUGGUCCAAUCAUGGAAAAACUAAGAGAGUACCUGUCCAUAUGAAGGUUACCUGGAGGAACUGUAUAACGUUUGGAACACAAUGGUUUCUUACCUGUACAUUUGAAUCAUUUUGUUUAUUUGCAUAAACCAGUUAUAUUAAAAAAAAAAAAAAAAAAAAAAACACCCAACUCUGUACACUGUUUUUUGUAUUGGACUCCCAAGAAGCUCCAAUAAAUUGACCUUGGUGUGUGUUUAAUCCAUAAUAUUUA